UUGAAUGCCGAGAGUAACCCUGCCAAGAAAGAUUCCCAAUUUUCCAUUCUUCCCCAUCCUUCAAGAUUCCGCAGAGAUCAUGGCGUACAAACGAUCCCUCCUGGUCUCCUUCUGCAUCGUUUUCUCUAUCGGCCUGCAGCUGGCAAGAGCUCAGCACUGGUCCCACGGCUGGUAUCCCGGAGGGAAGCGAGGAAUUGCGUUCCCUGGAAACUUUGAGGACUCUGAAGAGAGCAAACUUUGUGAUGGAGGAGGCUGCCCGUUUCCAGAAGUCCCAAGUGAUAAAGUGGUGAAGCACUUACUGGCUGGGAUCCUGACUGGACAACUUCAGAAAAAGAAAUGA